AUGGACGAACAGGCCUGUCAGACCAAACAUAUUCUUCUGCGCGAACGAUAUCCACAACGCGAUAACUCCAGUUCAACAAAAGCUGAUAGACUGCCACUAAACGUGGGAGUCAGGAAUAAAGUCUCACAAUCUACCACACGACCUUACUUCCUUCCUCCCAUUUGUCCGAAACAUGCCUCCCAAGAGAACGAGACAAGCCAAACCGGGGGCGAUUCUGAGCGGGAUAUCGCGAGCAGGGCCAGGGAGGGUGGACAUUGGAAGCAUGGUACCGCGGGUGGCUCCCUCAAUGGCUUUGAAGCUACCUACAGACAGACAGUCGGGUCAAGAGAGCGUUCACGCGGAGCCUAUCCCCUCAUUAACUGCCUCAUCCGAUAUAGUGGGACGGGAGACAAGAAGGACCAACCCUUGCAGUAUGCCUACGUUGGCUUUGGGCGAAGAAAGAGGGUGAAGAUGGACUGGCCCAUGGCCAUUGUCAACCUCAACCUCGAAUCCAUGAAAGAUGAUUACCUUGCAACAACGGUCAAGGUCGAGUUGGAGGAUUACUAUCGCAUGCAUCCCCACAACCUAUUCAUACAAACCUUACACAUGCGCGGUUCGGCUCAUGUGUCUGAGUCUAGGAAGCUUGCAAACGGUUUGGAAUUCAUGCGUGGUAACAUCAGUCGCGGAUUUCCACCUAAUACAUUCAUCAUCGUCGAUACACAUUCAGACGAGUUCACAGGAAUGCUACAGCAUACCGGAGGACAUACGGGAGGCACCAACACCACCAUUACCGAGAUUGUCGAGGCCUACCUUGGCACAGACUUCUUGAAAUGCAUGGGAGAAGCUUCAGAUGCCGCAAGGAGUGACGACUCUACCCUCACCACAGCAAAAUCGACGAAGCCGUGGUGCGACCUCACCGCCAAAGCCAGAGGGGGGUGGAGGGGGCUCUUACUGGUCAGCUGUGGACCUGCGAUCAGGGUCUCCCACCACUUCGAAUCUGUGUUACAGCUAGUCAAAAGCAACCAGUUCGAAGUCGUGGUUGGUUUUGGAGGGUCCGGAACGCUACCCUCCAUGGUCUCCCAUACCGUGCGCUCUUUUAUAGUGGAGACUGGAGUAUUCGGACGAACGGACCCUUGGUCAGCAAUCUGCCACAUGCUUACCUCAAACCACGACGUCUUGGACUACACAACUGCGGUGGUGGUGUACGCAACCACUGUCAAUGGCUCCCGACAGAUCGAAUGUCGCCAAAUCGCGAAAGACGCCCCUGGAUUGCGUGCCUUUGGCUAUGAAUUCAAGUCUUGUGGCAAGCCUGGGUGCACUCCAUGUCCAGCAGACCUCCGCGUUUUCAAUCACAAGGAGAGGGUCCGUGUUCGAUGUUUGAGGUGCCAUUGGCAGUCAUCAUGGGCAAGGACCGACAGGGACAAUAAACACUUCAAGAGGGUAAAUGCACUCGCCGCGCCUCAACUAUUCUGGCACUAUUUCCCCCCCUCACCUGACUUGCAAAACUUCUUUGUGGAUCUCACGGAGCGCCAGAACGACACAGCCACUCGAAUAAUUCAAAAAGGCAGGAAGAGAGGUAGAGGGCAAGGUAAAAAGAAGCUUCAGAAGAAGACAUAUCAGCAAGAUACGCAGAUGCUGGAUCUGACGCAAUCAGAACAUUCACCCCACAUGGAGGUUGAUGAAUGA